GAAGAAACGCCCAUGUGCUUUGUCAACACGGAGGCAACAUGGCGGCUCCCGUUAGAAGCAUGAGCAACCCUUCUGGCAUAACUUGCAAUACAACCAGUUUUCAAAAGAAAUCCCGCAGCAAACUUGUUUCUAUCCCAGGGACAAGACCCUCUGUGCAAAACGGACAGCUUAUUGUGUCAACCGGUGUCACGUCUCUCGACUAUGUGAUCGGUGGUGGCUUGGCUGUUGGGACUCUGCUGCUUGUUGAGGAGGACCGAUAUGACAGCUACUCCCGCAUGUUGCUCAAGUACUUCCUGGCAGAGGGAGUGGUGUGUGGGCACGAGCUCUUUGUGGCAUCAGCUCAGGAUCACCCAGAUGAGAUCCUACAGGAACUUCCUGCUCCAAUCCUUGAUGAUGUCACUAGUCCUCAACCAGUUCAGGAACCAUCUCAGUCGUCUGACCCAGACAGUGGAGAAGACAUGAAAAUCGCCUGGCGGUACCAGAACCUUCCUAAAGUCCAGACUGCCCUGGCGUCCUCUGCACGGUUUGGUCAUUACUAUGAUGUCUCCAAGACGAUGAGCCCGGACAUGAGGCAGAUGGCCAAAUGCCACACGUUCUACCUCCCUGAACAGUCUCCAGAUGAUUCAACACCAACAAGUGCUAUGAGCGAGGCCUACUCCUCUCUGCUGAAGUCCAUCCAGAGGGUCAUCCAUCAGCAGGGCUUUGACGGCUCUGCUCCACAGUCUAAGAUGCGUAACGUCCUGCGACUGGGCCUUCACUCUCUGGGCUCGGUGCUGUGGGGCGAUGACCUGUUCUGCCGAGAGAGCCCCACCCAAAGCCACUCCCUCACCACCUUCCUGUACGCACUCCGAGCCCUGCUGCGCUCCUCGCUCUCCGUCGCCAUGGUCACCGUUCCCUCUCACCUCAUACAGAGCCGAGUGCUAAUGGGCCGUAUAACCCGACUCAGCGACACGGCCAUCGCUUUGGAAUCAUUCAGAGGCUCCGAGAAGGAGACCAACCCACUCUACAAAGACUACCAUGGCCUCCUCCAGGUGCAUCAGGUGCCUCAUCUGAACUGUCUGGUGUGUGAGGUCCCCGACACCAAAGACUUGGCCUUCAAACUCAAGAGGAAGCAGUUCACCAUUGAGAGGCUGCACUUGCCUCCAGACCUGUCAGACACAGUGAGUCGUGUGAGUAAAGUGGAGCUGGCAGCGGGCUGUGGUUCCACCGCCACUGGCAACAAGCACCUGGACUUCUAGAGCUUUCGCUUCUCUCUUUCCCUCCCUUUCUCUCUUUCCCUCUCUUCCUCUCUCUCUUUCUGUCCCCCUCUUUCUCCCUCUCUCUCUCCCUCUCUUUCCCUUCUCUCUCUCCCCCUCUUUCUCUCUCUCUCUCCCCCCUCCUCUCUCUCUUCCCCCUGCCAUACCUCCCCCCUCCCUUGCCAUUUCCAUGACAUUCUAACGAGAGCUUCCAACCCCUCCCCCCACAUCAGACUUGUCUGCCUCCGCCAAACACCCCAUCUCUCUGUCUCUCACACACACACACACACACACACACUCUCUCUCUCUCACACACACACACACACACAUACACGCAGACACACACACUCACACAUACACACGCACACACAUACAGGCACACCAUCCCCUCUCCCUGCUCCGACAUCUCGCCUCACCAACACACAGAUAAAUGAGAGAGAGAGAGAGAGAGAGAAUAUAUGGGAUAAACAGUGGGAGAAGAAAGGUUUGGAAAGAUCCAGCAAAUGAUCAGUAAUUAAGACUGUGUUGCAUACUGGGCUCUGCCCCUUAGCAGACCCACGCUGUUGCCCCUCUAAACUCACAGGUGCACCGCGGACACUCUCUGCACUCAGGCACUCUUGUACACCAUAUGUUGCUGUUGAUGUGAAGAAAAUAAACAAUUUCUUCUUUUUCUACA